AUGGUGACAACAGUGCCAUCUAGUAUUUCUGAGCCACCACAGGAACAACCAUCACAUGCUGACCCAUUUGCUACACCAACUAGAGCCAUCACUUCUGUUUCUACAACAAGCCCUGUGACAAGGAGUAUGUCAAGGAGGUUGUUGGAAUAUGAAGCAUUUACACUGACUAGAGCCAUUGCCUCUAUUUCGACACCAAGCCCUCUCACAAGAAGCCGUAAGAGGAUGCUAGAACUUGAAGGCAAUAUAGAACAUGUUCAAUGUCUUACUCUAUCUCCAUAUCCUGCCCAUGAGAAGGGAAAGCCAAAGAAAUUGAAGGUUGUCAGAUCCAAGAAAGCUUAG